AUGCAGCCCACCAGAUCAAACAUAUUGGAUUUCAUAGGCUUCGUUCCAGACGCUGAUCAGGCAAAAGCCACGCUGUUCGUCGAAAGCGCGAAUAGUAUCAAUGAAGCCGUGGACCGGUACUACGAAGACCCCGAAAGGUACUCAAAUCGACCGAUCUCACCUACCAGCAACUCCAUCGCAGGCUCCGUGGAAAGCUCUGCUGGGUCUUAUAAUCUGAGCCAGGCCAUGGCGAUCAUGGUUUCCACCACAGAAUCCCCUUCAGCUGCAACAAGCUACCCUCCCUCGGCUGGAAGUCUGAUAAGCCCCAGACAAACAAUUGCCACGAGCAGUAGUGGAGCGUCUUGUCGUCCCCAUGAGAACGCUUUGACGAAAGCCGCACAGGUACGCGCCCAAGAUGAGUCCGAGAUGCAGAAGAUGCUCCACGGCGUCCAACUGUCAUGUCGUAUCUACAACCCUGAGAUUGAGCCUGAGCACGAGACAUAUCUACUCUGCGAUUGCCCUGUUCAUAAAUACUGGACAAAAAAGUUCGAUCGCCUCCCCAUGCUUGAAAUGUGGUCCAAGGCUGUAAUGUAUACCGGCGAAAAGCCAUAUCAUGAAUUUACACAUCUGCGAAUUUCCAACAACAACCCAUAUUCUUCCAUCCCGUCUCCUUACACACUGGCGAGCGCUUCACUUAAUGGUUUUGCAAAGCCUGAUCCGCAAUUUCACGUUAGCUUCGUCCGACAAACCAUGGAUCUAGACGCAGCCCUCAAUGACAAAGCACAAGCAGCAGUUGAAACCGCGGAGCCAUCGGUUAAUAUUUGGGGACUCGAUCAGCUAGAGUGUCUGGUAUCAGACAUGUCACUGACCCACCGCCAAUCCAACUACGGUGGUCUGGAUAGCCCAAAGUUCUCUAAACGCUCAACUCUUAGGAAGGCCUUCUCUGUCAGAAGUUCCGACGAGCGAACGGCCCUAAAGAUAAAGAAAAAGCUCGCUGGGUCCAUCACCCUACGCAACGAGAUUAUCAAGGAGGAACAGGACCGAUGGCAAGACGAGCUUGAAAGGGACCUUGUCUCAAAUUACCAGGAGCGCAUUGGAAUAUUUCAAAGUGUUGCGGCGCUUCGAACACAUAAGCCUCUUCAAUAUCUCCACCUUCUACGAGCAGGAUAUUUUGAACCCAUUCCGAUAGCCUGGCAAGGCCGGGUUUCAAAUCUCUUGAGGUUUACUAUCGACGCCUCUGCGGGAUGGAGAGGGUUGACGCCCACAUGGAGAGGCUACAAGAAUACUUCUGAGGAGCGGCUCUACUGGACUUUGAAACACAGACUUGGAGGCGAAGAAACAACAAAACCAAAUCUAAUAUCGGAACUUGAUAUGGCGCGGGAGCGGACGGCAUUGACUGUGCGAGUGCACCCCCGAUAUUAUUCACCUGAUGAUAUUUUUUACGGUCAAUAUCCAUCAGAAAGUUAUUCGAGGCAGAUGAAGCCUCCUUUGAGAAGAGGUUCCGAAAUCAAAUCCCCAACAGAUGAGACGAUGAUAUUACUAGAUGCUCGUGGCUCUAUGGAUGCCAGUCCCUUGCAUCCCAAUUAUAAGCAAUAUCUCAUCACAGGGUUUUCAAAGUCUGAGCAACCUAAACAUCAAGGUGAAAUUAAUUCAUGGUUCCUUUCCUUUUUCCUGAUGUCAAAGGCUUACCGUGCAGAAAUAGAAUUGGCAAAGGCCGUUCUCCGUCGUUUUGUCCAAGCAUUGGGCAAGCAUGAAAAGAACACACAAGGAUAUCCACUUGUAACAUUCAGCAGUCAGGCCGAAUACAUCGACAUAGUCAAUGGGUGGAGUCUGAAUGACGUUUGGAACGGUAUCGAAUUCAAAGGGGUCAGUCACAUCAUGGUAGGGUGGCAAAAGCUCAAGGAGAUGCAUUUCCAGAAGCAUUCCGAAACGGCCACAUACCACGCAACAUACGGGUGGCAGGCUGGUCCCCACACGCCCAAACUGCGACUUCUGUUGAUUUUUGGCAGUGAAUUCAACGAUAUGGACGAAUUCGAAUUGACCUUUCUCGAUGCAUCCUGGGCUUACGUUACCAUCUUUCUGAUUGGUGUUGAUGGUUGUCCUCAUCAUCACCGGCGAGCAAGGAGACUACAACGAAUGGCCGAUUCGAAUUCACAUAUAUCUUUCGUUGAAGCGCAAGGCCUUAUCCCAGAGCGUUUCGUCACACAUGAGCUUCUCAAAUGCCAUCUCGGCCAAGAUAUCUCCAUGUCUGAGUUUGAAAAUCUCGAACAGCAAGCGGCAGAGCUACCAUCACCGCUGGGACCUCGAACCCAGAGAGCCCAAUCAGGCCAGAUUCAACUGGAACAAUUGCUGGCUGAACUACCGCCGAUGGAUAACACAGGAAUCCGGCAAACACAUCCCCAUCAUCCAAAUGCGCCAGGUCUAUAUGAGCUACCGUACAAUCCAAGACCAGCAGAAUUACCUGCCAUUGAAAGCUCGGUGCGGCCUGCAAGGCCAAUCCGACCACCUCCCUUGCCUCCGCAGCCGCAGAUAGAUCAUCCCCUAGACCCUCCGCCUCCGUAUGUAGAGAGGGAAUAA